AUGCUGAGCCGUGCCGUGCUGCCUCUUGCGAGGCGAAACGUCCUCGCCUCGACCGUCCGAGUGUCCGCUCUAUCGGCCCAGCGACCCAGGUGGUACGCCAAGGGCAAGACCAACACCCCCUACACGCUUCCUGAUUCUUUGCAAGAUAAGGAUACUCAGUCAAAAGAUUCAAAAUCGACAAAGAAGCAAGCCACUCCCCAAAAAGCCGAGGCUGAAUCACAGGCCACGCCCGAGACCGAAGCGCCUGAGCCGACCACCGCCUCCGAACCGGAACCCGUUUCUCAAAAGCCACUUCCAGACUUGACGCAAGGUAUUCCAUCGACCUUGGCCGCAGAGCUCGAAGCUCGACAGAGGAAAGGGUCCUUGAACAUCACCGAAGACCAUACCCGCACGGAAGACUACAGCGAGGACGGCAGUGGCCGCGGUGGUGGUGAUAUUCCCAAGAGUGGCUAUGAGACUUCCCUCGAUCGCCGAAAGGCGCGCAUGGCCAACAUCAUGUACGCUGUGAUGCUGGCUGCUGGUAUCGCCGGCAUGGGUUACUUGGGUCGCAAUUGGGAGACCGAGGAGGAGGAGCGCGCCCAUACAGAGACUCCUUCUGGCUGGAGUCCUGGCCUCUGGUGGGGCCGUAUCAAGGCCCGUACUGGCGAUCUGACCAGUUACUACAAGGACCCGGCCUUCCCAAAGCUGCUUCCAGACGAGGACCCUACGAUGCGCCAGCCUUACACGCUGGUUUUGUCCCUGGAGGACCUCCUUGUGCACAGUGAAUGGAGCCGAGAGCACGGGUGGCGUGUUGCGAAGCGCCCCGGUGUUGACUACUUCCUUCGAUACCUCAACCAGUACUACGAACUCGUUUUGUUCACCAGCGUUCCCAGCAUGAUGGCCGACCAGGUGCUUCGAAAACUGGACCCGUACCGAAUCAUCCGCUGGCCCCUCUUCCGCGAAGCUACCCGUUAUAAGGACGGAGAGUAUAUUAAGGAUCUGUCAUACUUGAACCGUGACCUCUCCAAGGUUAUCCUGAUCGACACCAAGGAAGAACAUGCUCGCUUGCAACCCGAGAACUCCAUUAUUCUGGACAAGUGGACCGGUGACUCUAAGGACAAGACCCUUGUCGCCCUCAUUCCGUUCCUCGAGUAUCUUGCUGGCAUGGGCGUGGAGGAUGUGCGUACGGUUCUGAAGUCAUUUGAGGGUACCAACAUCCCCAUUGAGUUCUCCAAGCGCGAGAAGGCCAUGCGCGAGCGUUUCGAGAAGCAACUUGAGGAGGAGAAAAAGAAGAAGCCGUCUAUUGGCAUGGGAAGCCUUGCCUCCGCUCUCGGUCUGAAGUCGAGCCGAACUCUGGAUGGCGAGCCAUCCCCCAUCGAGGGUCUUGCCCAAGGCAAGAUGGUGUGGGACCAGAUUCGUGAGCGUGGUCAGAAGAACUACGAGAUGAUCGAUCGCGAGAUUCGCGAGAAUGGCGAGAAGUGGCUGGCCGAGAUGGCUGCCGAGGAGGAAAAGGCCCGUCAGGAGCAAAUGAACAGCAUGAAGGGAUCCUUCACCGGCAUGUUUGGCAUGGGCUCCAGCAAGGAGUAA